AUGUCCUCUGCCACCGAGCAUGGCGAAUAUCGACUAGGAGCGGACGUAGGAGGCACAUUUACUGACAUAUGCGCAUUUACGCCCGACGGACAGAUCGCAAGAGCCAAGGUACCAACGACGGUUGAGGACCAAAGCAUCGGGAUCAAGAAUGGCAUCCAGAAAGUUCGACAGCAACUGAAAGAUCGCUACUCCUGGGACGGGAAAUUCCAAUUCAUCCACCAUGGCACAACCAGCGCCACAAACGCUGUUCUAGAAGGCAAAGGCGCACGGACCGGCCUGAUCGUCACUGCAGGUCAUAAAGAUAUCUUGGCUGUUCGUCGCUCCCAAAUUCCCGGAGGUCUGGGUGCCUGGUUACAUUACACUCCGCCGGAGCCGAUCGUGCCCCUAGAGCGUGUGAUUCAAUGUCAAGAGCGCAUGUCUGUGAAUGGCGAGUCAGUUCUUACCGUGAAUAAAGCCGCGCUGCGUGCGGAGUUGAGGGUAUGGAGGGAAGACCGACCAGAGGCUGUGGCGAUUUCGCUACUCAACUCUCACUGUAGCAAUGCGCAUGAAUUGUUGGUAGCGGACAUCGUGCGUGAGGAGCUUGGUUCUGAUAUUCCGAUCAUCUGCUCUGGUGAUGUCCUUCGAGAGGUUGGGGAGUACGAGCGGACAGUGACGACUUGUACCAAUGCUCUCGUCAAGCCGGUUGUACAAAGCUACCUGGGCAACCUGCGGGAUCUGCUGGCAGAUGAUGGGGAUACGAUCCGUAUCCUCAAGUCAGACGGCGGUCUGACCAGUUUGGACCUGGCCGGCGAGCUUCCUGUCAAUAUCCUGAUGUCUGGCCCAGCAGGAGGAGUUCAGGGUGUGGCGGACGUUGUGACGCGCAAUACGCCGUAUAAAAAUCUUAUCACGUUCGAUAUGGGUGGAACGUCAACGGACUGCGCGUUGAUAUAUCAGGGAAAGCCUCGCCUCCGUCGGGAGACAGUGGUGGGAGACUUGACUGUUCGCUCGCCCGCUGUAGAUAUUCGAACGGUCGGGGCCGGAGGAGGCUCUAUUGCCAAGUAUAUGAACAUUACGGAAACAAUGAGAGUCGGGCCAGAGAGUGCAGGCGCAAGUCCGGGACCGGCUUGUUAUCGCAAAGGAGGAGUCGAAGCCACUGUGACAGACGCGAAUUUAGUCCUGGGAUACCUACCUGAAAAGCUGCUGGGAGGUGAAUUCACGCUCGAUGUUGAGGCUGCAGUCGCCGCUGUUGAGACCAUUGCUUCUCAAAUGAAGCUCACCGUCACCCAGACGGCUGAAGAUAUUAUAAACCUCGUUAACGAAACCAUGUACGGGGCAUUGCGCUUGGUGUCUGUUGAACAGGGUUAUGACCCCAAGGACUUUGCCCUCGUUGCAUUUGGUGGUGCCGGGCCACUGCAUGCCAACGCAGUAGGAAAGCUUCUUGGAGCGUGGCCAGUCAUCGUCCCUCCGUCGCCGGGCACCCUAUGUGCGCUUGGGGAUGCUACCACCCGGCUGAGCCAUUCCCAGUCAUCGUCAUACAUCCGUUUGCUCUCCGUGACACUGCCCUGGGAGGUGAAGGCCCGGUUUGAUGAGCUAGAAACAGCAUGUAGGGCAACUAUGGAAAGCUCUAACGGGGGCCACUCUAUGGAGCUUAACAUCAGCUACCACGUCGACCUCAGGUAUAAGGGCCAGGCAUUGAACUUGACCGUGGACUUACAGCGCGACGACCUAUCCCUUGAUGAUGAGCCUUGGAAAGAACUAUUACAGGAAAGGUUCGACCAGCUGCAUGAGCAGCAAUUCAAGUACUGUCUUCCAAGUUUUGAACUGGAACUUAUGCGGCUUGAGGUGGUUGCUGUUGACGCCUCCCCAAGCAUUGAACUUCCUCGGUUUAACAGCGCUACAAGUAAUACGCCACCGGCUGACGCCAUGGUGGCCAAGAAAGACAUCGUUAUUGAGGGCAAGACUCUGCAGGCUACACUCUGGGAUCGUGAAAAGAUUAGCUACCAGGGCGUACGUGUCCAGGGCCCUUGCAUCAUCACCGAAAUGGACAGCAAUACUCUGAUCCUGCCCGGGUGCUAUGGAGAGAUAGAUGCUAUAGGCAACAUUCUGAUACGCCCAGAUGGAGAGUUGCAGCAAGAGCGACCAAAGGACCAAACGGCCGAAGAGGCCGAGGAAACAGUUCGAUCUACCCCGUUGAUCCCCACGCUGGUAGCAUCUGCCCUGGCCUCGAUCCGAAGUGAGAUGGACACACUCAUGCUCCGUUGUAGCAUGUCACCAGCAAUCCGCGAGCAACAGGAUGAAUUCAACGUAAUAACCACGGCAGAUGGCAAGAUGCUUGUCGGCCAGUUCGGCAGCUUUAUCACCCAAUUCCUCCAGGCUUGGAAAGGACCCAUACAUGAAGGCGAUGUUUUCAUCACGAACGACACUUACAUGAUUGAAGGAGCAGUGACGCACUUGAACGAUGUUAUUGUCCUCUUGCCCAUAUUCUUCGAGGGUAGCUUGAUUGGAUGGGCGUCGCAGUUCGGGCAUCUCACUGAUGUAGGGGGUAUGGUCCCAGGCAGCAUGUUUAUCAACGCCACAUCCAUCUUCGACGACGGAGUCCAGAUACCCAUCGUCAAACUCUACGCCAAGGGGGUUAUGAACACCGACCUGGUUGACCUACUCUGUCGUAACUCACGUCAGCCAGACUGGUACCGGUCAGACCUGAUGGCAAUCAUUGCCGCCUGUCGUACUGCCGCCAGUCGGGUUUGUGAGCUAGCUAUGCGAUUUGGAUCUCAAAUCUACCUGGCUGCAUGCUCAGAGCUACUUCUUCGUAAUCGCACAGGAAUGGCUACAAUAAUUGAAACGGACUUUGAUGAUACGCCAUGCACAUUUACCGACUUCGUGGACGAUGACGGCCAUGGUGUUGGCCCCUGGGCUCUUACCUGCACGAUGAAGAAGACCGAAGGAAAUCGGCUGCUGUUCGACUGGAGCGGAACAUCGCCUCAGAGCGAGCACAGUAUAAACUUCUACUUGUCAGAGACCAUGUUCAAGAUGUUCAUCGGGUACUACAUGAUUGCGGCAGCAGCACCUGGUACCGUGAUUAAUGAUGGCUUCCAUGACCUCAUUGACAUCUAUAUCCCCGAGGGCACUGUGCUGAAGCCCGUUAGACCAGCAGCUAUUUCUUGCCGUACACAUCUUCUGGGCAGGACAAUGGAUGUGAUGCAGGCACUCAUCGGAAAGAAGAAUCAACUAUACGCGGCGGCGGCUGGCUUCAGUGACUCGCCGCAUUUCUUCUACUCUGGAUACAAGCCCGACGGGGAGUGGUAUCAGUUAUAUCAAAUUGGAUUCGGUGGUGUACCAGCUCGUAAUGCAGGCGAUGGACUCGACUGUCACUGCCUCUUCCCGGCUAUCAAGUCGAUCCCUACAGAAAGCAUUGAACUGAAUUAUCCACUGCGCAUCGAAGCCAACGAGAGCGUCCCAGACAGCGGAGGCCCCGGCUACUACCGUGGUGGCAACGCGCAACGCACACUCUAUCGGUUCCUAUGUCGCGGAGAGUUCAGUCUGCACGAUGACCGCUGGUUUACAAAGCCAUGGGGAAUUCGAGGUGGUAAACCGGGCUCCCGUUCACGGAAGAUCUUGUACCGAUUCUCGAAGUCUCGAGAAAAUCCCCCCGUUGAGAUACUUCCAUCAAAAUGCGACCAUGUUCGAGUGGAUCCCGAUGACCUGCUUGAAUGGGUGACAUGGGGUGGUGGCGGACUGGGAGAUCCACUGACCCGACCUGCAGAGAAAGUCGCGUUAGAGAUUCGCCGGAGACUGGUGACUAUCGACGGGGCCCGGAAUAACUAUGGAGUCGUGAUCAACCCUCAGGACUUUACUGUAUGUGAAGAGGAAACUGUGGCUUUGAGGAAGAAUAUGAAGGAUGCUCGGGAUGCGCUAGGACCUGUCCCAGAAUACGACCGAGGCGGCUCCAUGGAGGAACUCAGGGAAUCGUGCCUGAGAGAGACAGGGCUCCCUGCCCCAAGCCCACAGUGGGAGUUGGAUCCAUACGGGCCCCACGUUGGACUCCCUCAUGUUAGGGAUUGGUUUACACGGAUGAAGGAGGUGAAAGGAUGGGAGUUGAACUGA